UCAGCAUAUUACAAUGAGCAAUAUGUUUGGUUGAAUUGAACAUUUUUAAAAUAACUUUGUAUGUGUGUGUGUGUGUGUGUGUGUGUGUGUGUGUGCACAUGUUCAUGUGCAUGGGUAUGUGUUCAUGUAUGUGUGUACAUGUGUGUGUAUGUUGAUCCUAUUUAUCCACAUUUUCUUUGCUUGCCCAGUGCCCCAGAUUUCCACCGACUUCCAUCUACUUCUCAGCUACUUUUAUUUCUUUCUGGUUUCCCCACAGUUAGAUCUGGGGCUGUUUGCAUAAGCAUAGACAGAGGCUAUUUACUGGACUACUGGUAACUUAUGAGUAGCUACACCACUGAAAAUAAAUGACAUCCCUCUACUGGAAAUCUCUAACUGCCAAUGGCUCCUUGGAGCACUAUUGAGCUCCUCCUCAAUCCAUGACGGAAUGUUGAAGGGCUCAGACCUGUAAAGUCUUAUGCACAUAUCUAAUACCAAGUCAAAUAUACAAAAUUUGCACAUACCUUUUCCACCCCUCUGUAUCUGAAAGUUUUUCCACUUUCUUGUAUAUCACGCCUUGGGGAGGAGGAACAAUCGACAACCACUUUGACUAGUCCUGAGUCUGUGUAAAAUGUAUAUCCUUGUUUAGGGUUGAGAACAGCACUAGUCUACAGGUAUAAACACAAAUGUUUAGCAGACAAUUUGACUAUAGGCCUAUUUAGCAAAACAAUAGUAGUAGAUUUCCCACUAAGGUUUCUCCAGUAAUAGGUUUUUAGCUAGAUAUGCAACAUUCCUAUCCAUUUCCUCUCAGGGUUACAUCACUAAUUUGAUGUUCUCUCUAUAAGUGAAUCAGAGUUCAUCUGGCAGGUGGAUCUCCUGCUUAAGCCUAGGUCAGAUGUAGCCUUAACUUAGAAACAAUAGCUACGAGAACAUGUCUGUGGACAUUUCCCAUUGAUUUCAAUUAUAAUUGUCAUUUAUAAUUAAACAGCCUCAAACUCUUAAAUAAGAAAAAUUUGCUAUUUUACCAACCAGCAAGAAAAAUUGUAAACAUGAUUAUUAAUUUAAGGCCAUAUCCAAUAACUGGUUGCUUCUCAGGUUCAAUGUCUUAUUAGUCUCAAUUCCAUGCUGUACCAAGUAGAAUUUUUGACAAAAAUAAAUGCAACUUUCCAUUUCAUCUCAUCAAGUAAAUGCUAACCAAUGAGGUAAAAUUGGUAAAUUUUCUUUGUUCUGAGGUAACAGUUAAUUCUGUUACAUUCAGUCUAUAUCAACACAGAGCCAAUCCAAUGCUUUGUGAGAUCUCACAGAUGCAAAAUUUUUUAGAAUCCACAAAUUGUCUAUUGUACCUUUCCUAAUUGAAUAAAAGUACAAGAAAUGUUUCUACAAAUGCUUAAAAGGAAAAGAAAUCCUGUUAAACUCCACUGCUAUAAAAAAAAAUGUGGCUAAGUUCACCAAUAAAAAAGGUCACAUUGCCAGACCUCCAUUAUUUAAACUAAAAAUACCUCCCACAUUUUGUGUCAACCUAUUCAGCUCAUUCAAAUACCGUAUGCAAUGGAUUAUUAAAAAUUGACAGUCAAAUCAUUAAAUGUCACUGACAUAUGAUUAAAUGUCACUUAGAUGAAUCAUACAUUGACAGUAUUAACACACGAGGCAGCCCCAUACUGUACUUCAGCCACCCCCUAAAAUAAGUUAAUAGAAAGCAAUACAGAAGUUCUUAUAAAGAGAUUCAUUGUCUCUUCUUUUAAAGUCAUUAUUCAUGCUCAGGCAUUUAAAGAGUUGCCUUAAAACCCUCCAGUCAAAUGCUUUGUGCGGCACUCACGAUGUAAGACUCCAGCUAAUGGAUCAGGCAGGCGGUGGAAGGCAGAACUUUCAUCUGUCAGGCUGAAGAGUGAUUUAAAGAAGGUUGUCAUUGGAGACUGUUGUCAGCAAUGAGGAAUUCCAAAUGCAGCUGAACCCAGAACUCUCACUGUGAAUGACAUGAAUUACAUAGCAUCCAGUGGGCUUUUAUUCAAAGAUGGCAAAAAGAGAAUUGAUUACAUCCUGGUUUAUCGAAAAACAAAUAUACAAUAUGACAAAAGAAACACAUUUGAAAAGAACCUGAGAGCAGAAGGCUUGAUGUUGGAGAAGGAGCCAGCAGUUGCCAAUCCUGACAUCAUGUUUAUUAAAGUUCACAUUCCAUGGGACACACUGUGCAAGUAUGCAGAGAGGCUGAACAUCAGGGUGCCCUUCAGGAAAAAAUGUUACUAUACUGACCAGAAGAACAAGUCAAUGAGCAGGGUACAAAAGUAUUUCAAGAGAAUCAAAAAAUGGAUGUCCCAAAACCCAAUGGUUCUUGACAAGUCAGCGUUUCCAGAGCUGGAGGAGUCGGACUGCUACACUGGCCCUUUCAGCAGAGCCAGGAUUCACCACUUUAUAAUAAACAAUAAGGACACCUUCUUCAGCAACGCUACUCGCAGCAGGAUAGUCUAUCACAUGUUGGAACGUACCAAAUAUGAAAACGGAAUAUCAAAAGUGGGUAUUCGUAAGCUUAUCAAUAAUGGCUCAUACAUAGCAGCAUUCCCCCCACACGAGGGAGCCUACAAGAGUAGCCUUCCCAUCAAAACCCAUGGACCUCAGAAUAACAGACAUCUGUUGUAUGAGCGCUGGGCACGCUGGGGAAUGUGGUACAAGCAUCAACCUCUGGACUUAAUCAGGCUGUACUUUGGUGAGAAGAUUGGCUUAUACUUUGCCUGGCUGGGAUGGUAUACUGGAAUGCUGAUUCCUGCUGCAGUGGUCGGCCUAUGUGUUUUCUUCUACGGAUUAGUUACAAUGAAUGAAAGUCAAGUAAGCCAAGAAAUUUGUAAAGCCACCGAAGUCUUCAUGUGCCCUCUGUGUGACAAGAAUUGCUCACUGCAGAGACUCAACGACAGCUGCAUCUAUGCCAAGGUAACAUAUUUGUUUGAUAAUGGAGGGACAGUCUUCUUCGCUAUUUUUAUGGCAAUAUGGGCCACUGUCUUUCUUGAGUUUUGGAAAAGGAGAAGAAGCAUACUGACUUAUACAUGGGACCUUAUUGAAUGGGAAGAAGAGGAGGAAACACUUCGUCCCCAGUUUGAAGCAAAAUACUACAGGAUGGAGAUAAUAAACCCUAUCACAGGGAAACCUGAGCCUCAUCAGCCUUCAUCUGACAAAGUCACACGACUUCUUGUGUCUGUCUCAGGGAUCUUCUUCAUGAUCUCCUUGGUCAUCACAGCAGUGUUUGCAGUUGUGGUGUACCGUCUGGUUGUCAUGGAGCAGUUUGCAUCUUUCAAGUGGAAUUUCAUCAAACAGCACUGGCAGUUUGCUACAUCUGGUGCUGCUGUCUGUAUCAACUUCAUAAUCAUCAUGCUGCUGAAUCUUGCCUAUGAAAAAAUUGCAUACCUCCUCACAAAUUUAGAAUAUCCUCGAACAGAAUCAGAGUGGGAAAACAGCUUUGCUUUGAAGAUGUUCCUUUUCCAGUUUGUCAAUCUGAACAGUUCUAUCUUCUAUAUUGCAUUCUUUUUGGGAAGAUUCGUAGGCCACCCAGGAAAAUACAAUAAACUUUUUGAGCGGUGGAGACUGGAGGAAUGCCAUCCUAGCGGCUGUCUGAUAGACCUCUGCCUCCAGAUGGGCGUCAUCAUGUUUCUGAAGCAAAUAUGGAACAACUUCAUGGAGCUGGGAUAUCCGUUAAUCCAAAACUGGUGGUCACGACAUAAAAUCAAACGGGGAAUCCAGGAUGCUUCCAUACCACAAUGGGAAAAUGACUGGAACCUUCAGCCUAUGAACAUUCAUGGGCUGAUGGACGAAUACUUAGAAAUGGUUUUACAGUUUGGUUUUACUACCAUCUUUGUUGCUGCUUUUCCCCUGGCCCCUCUUUUGGCUUUGUUAAACAAUAUCAUAGAAAUCAGAUUGGAUGCAUAUAAAUUUGUGACCCAGUGGAGGAGGCCUCUGCCAGCCCGAGCCACUGACAUAGGUAUCUGGCUUGGAAUUCUUGAGGGAAUUGGCAUAUUGGCUGUGAUCACCAAUGCAUUUGUAAUUGCUAUUACAUCUGAUUACAUCCCACGUUUUGUCUAUGAAUACAAAUACGGCCCUUGUGCAAAUCAUGUAAAGCAGAAUGAAAAUUGCCUGAAGGGAUAUGUCAACAAUAGCUUAUCCUUCUUUGACCUGAGUGAACUUGGUAUCGGAAAAUCCGGUUACUGCAGGUACCGAGACUAUAGAGGCCCCCCUUGGAGUUCCAAACCCUAUGAGUUCACCUUACAGUACUGGCACAUCCUGGCUGCUCGAUUGGCCUUCAUUAUUGUGUUUGAGCAUCUUGUUUUUGGCAUUAAGUCAUUCAUUGCAUACCUGAUUCCAGAUAUACCAAAGGGCCUCCGCGAGCGCAUACGGCGAGAGAAAUACUUAGUUCAAGAAAUGAUGUAUGAGGCUGAACUGGAACAUUUACAGCAACAGAGAAGAAAAAGUGGUCAGCCUAUUCACCAUGAAUGGCCUUAGGCAGUACCUGUUACCCAAAAGGGGAGGUACCAUUAGUGUGCAGGAACGAGACACUUGAAAUGUAGCUAGGAUCCAAGAGAAAGGCAUACUUGGCAAACUAUAUUGUAAAAUGCUACUUGGAAAUACAUCCUAGAGGUCUAUGUGAUUUAGAAUGCUCAGACUUCUAAGGAAAUAAAGGACUCGUGACCUCCAAAGUGCUGCAACGGAAUGGCAGGCAGCCAGGCUCUGAUGCUCAGAGCAAGCUUUCAGGGGAGUUCUAUGUUUUGAGGCCAUUCUGUUCCAUUAGCUGCAGAACAAAUAGGAAACAGAGUGGUGGAAUUUCCAGGGACAAGUUUUCACAUAAAUGUUCAUAAGCUGGAAAUACUAAUUGGAUUCUAGGACUUACACUUAACCUCAGAUAUUUGCAAGAAAUGAGUUUAAUCAGUUGUUGGCUCUGAUGUCAGAACCCCAUGUCCCUUCAGCUUACAGGUUUGUGGAGUCAUCUUUGUCUCAUUGAUAUAAUGAGUGUAUGCACAUGGCAUUUAUGCUGCUCUAUGUCAACUAUGCACUUGAAGAGCUGAACAUCACUUUAGCAGUCAAUCCAAAAAUCCAAAUUCCCACAAAGAGCACCACUGAAAUAAUUCCAGUAUAUUGGCUGUGCUCAAGUCUUCUUUAUCACUCAGAGUCAAGUGCACUGCCCAUUUUUGUUAACAAAUGCCAAUAAUUCUACUUUGAAAUUUUGAAUGGGUAUUCUUGUGUCAUUAGAACAUGAGUAAUUCAUAUUUCGCUGCAGAAACCUACCUUCUAUUCUUAUAUUCUAUGUGCCCCUGUCUGAAUGAUUAUAAAUCUCACAGAAUGCUAUGUUGAAACUUUGUAAAUAUGCCAAUGUUCCUUAUAUGUUUGCACUUUUCCACUGUGUAAUAUGAGUUACAGUUCAUUGAGCUCUACGGCCAGUUACACAGCUACUGUAAUCUGUUCAUUCAGGAAAUCCAAAGCCAAAUGUUCUGCAACACUUAUGCUUUUUCUAUAACGUGCAUUCUCAAUUAUGAGCUAAUGAAAAUAAUGCAUGCAUGGAGUGUAUUAUUUACAUAAAAAACCUUUCUAUGUUUCACUUUUUCUUCAUGGAAUGGAGAUUUCUGGGUUUUGAUGAGUUGACUCUAUUGAGUUUCAAAGCUCUCUAGAAACAAGUCAGUUUCAUUGUGAAGAUCAUAGUUUAGUUUGUGAUAGAUUCCUUAUUUGAAUGUUGACUUUAUGUCACAUUAACAGGGCAUAAAUGAAAGGAUAUUCAAUGAAAAGAAUCUCAGAGGAAACAUUAUUUAAGGGGACAGAAUACAAAGAAAGUCAGGGGUGAAGGAGCAGGGUAUAUUGUAGAAAUCAAUACAUAUUCCCUUGCAAAACAGGAAGAUCCAUUCUUUUUUCUCUGUGUAUAGUGUGUGAAAUCACACAGAGAAUACAUAAGCAUAUAACACACACACACAUGAAGAACACAUAAACACAUAUAUACAGAAAAUACAUAAGCACACGGAAAGAACACAUAAACAAACACAUGAUUAUUAUGAUUUCUAUUAUUUGUUGUUUGGUUUUGUUCAAUUAAGCAAAACAAAAAUAUUUACAAAAUAUAAAAUAUUAGAUUAGCCACACACAAAAAAAUAAAUAAAAAAAACCACUUUGCAUUCUCUAUCAAGGAAACUCUUUUCACUUAUUGGAAGUACACUGCCCCAAUUCUAACAGUUAAAAAGCUCUGUUUAUUUGAUUAUGCUGACUUUAUAGUUUCGGCCAAGGAUAUUCACUUUUCUUCUUUCCCUAUGAUUCUGAGCCAGGCAAACAGCCUGAGAAUCUAACGUCUUCCACUUGAUCUGGGCAUGGAGCUCAGUGGCAAUAUAUGUAGCAUACAUGCAGAACAUAGAGACUCAACCCUCAGCACCACAAAACAAACAAAUUAAAUAAAUGUAAAUCCAAUGAAGUAUGACAUGAAUUCCAACACAGAUCCUUCUUCCUGGGACUCUUUCACUACAAAUAUAAUGGCUGAUUUCAUCAGUUAUCGAAUAGGAUUUUCAACUCCUCUGCCUUGGAGCAUUUGUGUCCCUUUUCUUUGAUAAAUGGAUGUAUCCACAUACCUGAGCAUAUUUUGUUUACCUAACAUUUACAUAUUUCCCAAAAUAGGGAUGCAAGACAGACAUGUGUGUUAUAGUAGGACAGACAGUAACAGCCUUUUCCUUGAGAAUUCUUUUUCUAGGGUUUUCUAUACACCAUUGGGGUUUGAAUAAUAUUGAUUAAUAUGAACAGAGAAAGAUAUUUUAAUAGGGGUUGUAGUAUAUUUACAAAAUAUCUUCCAUGAUAUUUUUGAGAUGGAUGGGAGAAAACAGAACCAAAAAUAAAUUAUCUGGUGUGUUUUGUUUCUUAAACAGUGCAAGACAAUCAAACUUUGUUUCAUCAUCACUGAUAGCAAAACACAGACAGCCCCUCGCAGUAUGUUAGCUUAUUAGAUCAGUCUACUUAAGUUGAGAGAAAUGUUUUGUAAGUGUUUUCCAUAUGAAUAUAAAUUCUUUCUUGAAGAUUUAUAGCACACACUAUUCUCAGGAAUUCUGUAUGACGUGAAUGCUGCUCACAUAUUUUCAUAUUCUCACAUGUUGUCCUUUUAUGCCAACACCUAAUGGAUACGUGCAUGCAGUCUGCCUUGUCAAGUUGUGUAAACCAUUCUGGGUCUUAACUGUAAUAGCUCUCGAUCAUAUGAGUCUGUGUAUGCACUUUUAGGUGAGCCACUGCUGCCUGGCUGCAUGAUGAAAUUCAACUUGAAUGCUAAAUGAUUCUUGGCACAAUCCACUGUACAAUGGAAUGAAUAGAAACUUUUUUUCACUCAAUAAAUUAUCAUUUUUACUAUAA